AUGCUGCUUGGCCGCCUCCUGUCAUCGGACGCGCACUCGCGUGCCACCUCGCGCGCGAGUGAGUUUGGCUUCAAGGCCGUCGACGAGGACGAGAAGGAGCGCCUCGUCGGAAACGUCUUCCACUCAGUCGCCUCAAACUAUGACCUGAUGAACGACCUGAUGUCGGCGGGCAUGCACCGCAUCUGGAAAGACACGGUGGUGGGGAUGAUCGGGCUCGGCGGCAUGCGCAAGCCCGACCUGCAGGUGCUCGAUGUCGCCGGCGGCACGGGUGACAUCGCCUUCCGGAUCGCCGACCAGAUGGGCGCGCUCGCCGCCGGCGGAAGCGGCGGCGGCGGAGGAGGAGGAGGAGGGGGAGGAGGAGGGGUCGAGGAGCCGAGGGUGGUGGUGUGCGACAUCAACAAGUCGAUGCUCGAGGAGGGGCGGCGGCGCGCGCUGAGCGCCCGAGUCGUUUUUUCCAUAUGGCCGCGGAUGCAUUGGGUGGUCGUUGGGUCGGCGGAGCAGCUGCCGUUCGACGACUGCGCGUUUGAUGUGUACACGAUUGCCUUUGGGAUCCGAAACGCCCAUCGCGUGCUGCGGCCGGGCGGGCGCUUCCUCUGUCUCGAGUUUUCUCACCCGAGACUAGUGCGAGCACCACGAGGCGGGUACCAACCAGCUGAAUCAAUCCCGCAGUACGAGGAGCUGGUGGCCGACGACCGCGCGUCGUACCAGUACCUCGUCGAGAGCAUCCAAAAGUUCCACACGCAGGAGGAGCUCUCGAACUUGGCGCGCGAUGCCGGCUUCCGCUUCGUGAGCCACAGCAACCUCACCGGCGGCGUCGUGGCGGUCCACUCGGGCGUCAAGCUCUCGCGCUGA